GACACCAUUGGCGUUCACAACGCAAGCUUCUCCGCAAAGCACAGAAUCACAAACAGAAAGUCCGAAGGGGAAUUCAUUACCUUCUGGAGUCGUUGCAGCUGGAAGCUCGGUGGUCAUCCUCUUCAUCUUAGUGGUAAUCGUUUUAACCACCGUCUUGUUCAGAAGGCGUCGUGCGGCUAAACCUGUCUCACCCGAUGAUGAAAACGAAAUGGAGAACUAUGCCGCGGUUGCAAACUGCUACGAAGAUAGCAAGCCAGCAGACAGUACUCCUCACGAACCAUAUUAUCUAACACUUGAGCCAGACAGCGAUAAAAAUGGCGGAUUUGGGACUUCCGUUGCUGAGCAACCCUCUCCGCAUCUUUGGAAGGGCGUGACACAGGAUGACACACCCUCUGUCAUCAAGGGUUCGAAUGGUUGGAAUAAAACUGAUACCGAAGAUGGUUUCGUGGAUAAUGUUUUAUAUGGAACAAAUGAUGAACAAUCUGUGAGCCCGUCAUCAUUGAAUCAUAACUCUACUGAUCAUAAGGCAGCGAAACACCACGCCAUAACUAAAUCUCAUCAAGGUCCUGGACGUCCAAAACCUGGUAAUCCCACGAGCGGUGCUCCCGAAACUGAUGAGGACGCUUAUGAAGGUUAUGAAGAUGAAAAGGUUAUGGUUGACAACGAGCUUUACGGUGCUCCAUCCCAGGUAACUCCUCGCGCUCACAAACACGGCGCGGUGGCUGAUCAGGACAAUGACGCCGUUUAUGAAAACCCCGACGGGAACGUCUAUGAAACUUAUGAGGAAGAAGACUCAAUGAUCGACAACGAACUCUACGGUGCAGCAACCCCGCCUACUCCCCGUGCUGAUAAUACGAACGAUCCGGUGAUUGGCGAGGGGGACGCUGCCGUAUGUGAGGGAAGCCCACCAGAGGUCACCAAUGCAUCAACCCUGAUACUAGGAUCAGCGUAUCAAGAUAUAGCUAAAUUCCAAUGGGGAAUUCAACAACUAAUGGAGGUGUACAGGUGUUGUGCGGCCAAGCCAACAGGCCACACUCCUCACGAACCACAUUUUCCAACCGUUGAAGCAGACAUCGAUCAAAAUGGCGGAUUUGAGAAUUCCGUUGCUGAGCAACCCUCUCCGCAUCUUGGUUUCGAGGAUAGAGUUUUAUAUGGAACAAGUGAUGAACAAACUGUGAGGCCGUCAUCGUUGGAACGUAAUUCUACUGAUCAAAGUCCUGGACGUCCAAAACUUGGUCAUCCCGGCAGCGGUGCUCCCGAAACUGAUGAGGACGCUUUUGAAGGUAAUGAAGAUGAAGAGAUUAUGGUUGACAACGAGCUUUACGGUGCUUCAUUCCCGACAACUCCUCGAGCUCAUAAGGUCGGUCCGGUGGUUGAUCAGGGAGAUGACGCCGUUUAUGAAAUCCCAGACGGGAGCGAUCCGGUGGUUGGCGAGGGGGACGGUGAGAUGUAUCAAAACACCGAAUUCCAUUCAGUGCCAACUAACUUGACAGCGGAUGAACUUUACAAAAGCGUAGAUGAAAUUUAA